UCUUAGAAUGCAAUCUAGUGAAAUAACGUGAAGAAAAGAAAGGGAUUAUUGUUUCUGGGUCUUGAGUUUUUACCCCAAAUUCCCAGUUGUCGUUCCUUUCUAUAGAAAUUUUUCCAAUUUUUCAUUACAUUUGAGCGUCUGAUUGAGGAAAACAGAAGAAGAUGGUGAGGGAAGAAAGUGUGGAGCCAUUUUACUCGAGGCUUAGGGAAUCAGCUAGGGCAUCUUCUCUCUCGCCUUUACUUAUAUUCCCGUCCACCUCCGAUGUUGACUCUCUGUGUGCUCUCAAAAUCAUUUUCCAUAUUCUUGAAUCUGAUUCAGUCCGAUACUCGUGUUAUCCGGUGUCUUCUUUUCAAGAAAUCAGAGAAUAUGCUGCAUCUGAAUUGAGUUCUUCCUCUGAUGAGCCCGUUACUAUGCUUUUGAUAAACUGGGGGUGCCACCGUGAUCUCCAAGAGGAUCUUAAGCUAGGGUCAGCUGCGAGGGUUUUUGUCAUAGAUAGUCACAGGCCGAUUCAUUUGCAUAACUUGAGUGACCAGAAUGAUCAGGUGGUUGUUCUUUACACUAAUGAUGAUGAACGGUUGGCUGAUCUGUCCUAUGAUUUUGAGGUUAAGGAGUUGGCAAAUGCUAGCUAUUCUUUGCAUAAUUCAGAGUUGGAUAGUGAAGAAGAUGAAGACUGCGAAAGCGAGGACGAAGAUGAGGAGGAAGGGAGAGCCGAGGAUGGUUCUAGGAAGAGAAGAAGAUCAUCUUCAGAAGGUGAAGAACCAGUGUCGCGGCGUUUUAAGAAACUGAAAAGGGAUUAUUAUCGGAUGGGAACUUUCCAUGGAAAGCCAUCAGGGUGUUUGAUGUAUGAUUUGUCACAUUCUUUGAGGAAAAACACGAAUGAGUUGCUUUGGCUGGCUUGUGUUUCACUUACUGAUCAGUUUGUUCAUGAGAGGCUAACAGAUGAGAGGUAUGAAGCUGGGGUUAUGGAGCUUCAGCAGCAUAUUAACAGUUUAGGGAAUCUCGAUGCCGUUACUUCGGUGACUCUUAAAGAUGGUACCAAGGUUCGAGCACCUGAUUCCUCAAGAAUUGCUUAUGAAGAUGAACCAAGACUUAUGUUGUUAAGAGAGUGGAAUUUAUUUGAUUCAAUGCUGUGCUCGUCAUACAUUGCCCCUAAGUUGAAGACCUGGAGUGAUAAUGGUAUGAAGAAGCUUAAGCUUCUGCUUGCAAGGAUGGGAUUUGCACUUGUAGAUUGCCAGCAGAAGUUCCAGUACAUGAAUCAUGAAGUAAAACAGAAGAUGAAAGAUCAAUUUGAACAAAUUUUGCCCGAAUACGGACUUAAUGAUUUCUACUACAAAAGUUUUUUGCGUCUACAUGGUUAUACUUCAAGGGUUUCAGCAGCAGAUAUGGUAUAUGGGGUUACUGCACUGCUUGAAUCGUUCAUGCAAUCAGAUGGCACGUGUGCUUUGAUGCAGUUUGGGGUGGCAUACGAUGCACUGUCCCUAAGUAAUCUUGAUAAGCUGAAAUCUGGAAUGCAACAAGCAAUCAAGAUACAAAGAGCUAUUCUUAGGCAAGGAAGUGCUUCAAUAACAAAGAGUGGGUGCAUCAGGAGUGGGAGAAAGUUUAGGUGGGUGAAGCUUGAAGAUUCAGUAGACACAAAACUGUUGGGUCACCCCCAGGCUCUGACUAAGUUCUGCUACUUUUUAAUGGAUGCCUUGAAGGAGAAGGGUGCAAAGCUGAAACCUUUGCUUUGUGCCUGCAUAUUGCAGGAGCCAUCCAAGGUGUUGAUUGUUGGGGUCUGUGGGAAGCCUCGUCUCGGAGCGCUUAAAGGGAAUGCGUUCGGUCUUGCAUUCAGGAACGCGGCUGAGGAAACUGGAGCUGAAUUCUUCCACGAACUAUUCGAGUCUUCUUGGAUUGUGCUGGAUGCAGGCGUUGUUAAUUCCUUCAUGGUCAAACUAACUGAGAAGCUUUGAUGUAAAGCCUUCAACAUU